AUGGCAUGGCAGCAGGCAAUCAUCACCUGGCGUGAUGCUGCACUCGGCAGUUGGCUGGUGAGAACCACAAAGAGGUUUGCCAGUGCCGAUGGGCGCAAGGAGGAGGAGUUCGAGGGCGCUUGUUCGGAGCUGCUGUCCCUGACCCUGGCAGGCGCUCCCGCCGGUGUUGCCCUGUCCCAGCCCUGGGAGGAAUUUGCCGGUGAGAUGCGCCCGCCGGACCAUCCGGCCCAACGUGUGCCUUCGAACCUACAGCGAUUCGCGGGCAACUACAUGAACCUUCUCCUGGUCACGGCGGCCUUUGCAUCGGCCUCUGUGCGACCCUUCUUCGUGACCUUCUGCCUCAUCGCCAAGGCCAUAGCGCUUCUAGCUCCCCCUGAGAUGUUCGAUGUCGACGUGCUCCAGGGUAAGGCCGCUGGAGGCGGCUACCGCGCUGUUGGGGGUCCCUGGUUGCGCUGUGGCCUCGUGGCUUUGGGCCAUGCAGGCCUUGGCGCCACAAGCGUCUUCACCUCCGCCGGCUGUCGGGGUCUUGUCGUGGGAACCGCCUUAGUACUGUCGCAUGCCCUCUUCCGCACGCGGCCAUGGACAGAGGUGGCCAAGGAGCGACUGACGACCCGGCUGAAGUCCCAAUGA